CCAACAGCGAUUCCAACUACACCAACUCAGUGCUGGAGAAGAUCGAAUACGUGUUCCUAGUCAUCUUCACGGGGGAGUGCUUGAUGAAGAUCUUCGCGUACGGGUUUGUGAUGCACGCCGGCUCCUAUCUGAGGAAUGGAUGGAACUUGCUGGAUUUCACCAUCGUUGUUAUUGGAAUGGUGAGCACGGUGUUGUCGAGCAUAUUCAAAGACGCUUUCGACGUAAAGGCGCUACGGGCGUUCAGGGUGCUCCGACCUCUAAGGCUUGUUUCUGGAGUACCAAGUCUCCAGAUCGUGCUGAACUCCAUCCUGAAGGCCAUGAUCCCGCUGCUCCACAUCGCGCUGCUGGUCAUCUUCGUCAUCAUCAUCUACGCCAUCAUCGGCCUUGAGCUCUUCUCCGGGAAAAUGCAUAAGACCUGCUUCAACAAACAUACCAACGAGAUUAUGGACUCCCCCCACCCCUGUGACGUAGACAACGGCUUCAACUGCUCGAGCCUGGGCGCUGAGAUGGAGUGCCGCGAAGGCUGGAUAGGCCCAAACUUUGGCAUCACCAACUUCGACAACUUCGGGCUGUCCAUGCUGACUGUGUUCCAGUGUAUCACGUUGGAGGGGUGGACUGAAGUCAUGUAUAAUAUUCAAGAUGCGAUGGGCAACAGCUGGGAGUGGAUUUAUUUCGUGUCGAUGGUCAUACUGGGAGCUUUUUUCGUCAUGAACCUAAUUCUUGGUGUGUUGUCUGGAGAAUUCUCAAAGGAGAGAGAAAAGGCGAAAAACCGUGGAGACUUCCAGAAACUUCGCGAGAAGCAGCAACUAGAAGAGGACCUGAAGGGUUACCUCGAUUGGAUCACACAGGCGGAAUACCUGGAGCCUCUAGCUGAUCAGAACGACACUGCUGAUCAGAUGAGGGAGUAUAGUUUAGGUGCUGGAGCGGCAGAAAACCACGACUCGUCAGACCAUUUAGGAGUGGAGAUGAAUGAACCACAGAAGAUCUGUCUUUGCAAACUCUGGAAGCAAGACUUCGAUAAAAUAAAUAGAAGAAUGAAGCGUAGCUGUCGGAAAGCUGUGAAAUCGCAGACGUUUUACUGGCUGAUCAUUCUACUGGUCUUCCUGAACACUGUAGUCUUAGCCAGCGAGCAUUAUCAGCAACCAACAUGGCUGGAUCUGUUCCAAGAGUAUGGGAACGCCUUUUUCGUAGCACUUUUUACUUUAGAAAUGUUAGUCAAGAUGUACAGUUUAGGAUUACAAGGUUACUUCGUAUCACUUUUCAACCGGUUCGACUGCUUCGUAGUCGUCGGGUCUAUCAGUGAGAUGGUGCUUACGAAGACAGAAGUGAUGCCUCCACUUGGCAUCUCUGUGCUGCGGUGUGUCCGGCUAUUAAGGGUGUUUAAAGUCACCAAAUAUUGGCGCUCCCUCUCUAAUCUAGUGGCGUCUCUCCUCAAUUCCAUCCAGUCCAUCGCCUCGCUGCUUCUGCUCCUGUUUCUCUUCAUCAUGAUCUUCGCUCUCCUCGGCAUGCAGGUCUUCGGUGGGAAGUUCAACUAUGAUCCCGUGGAGGAGAAGGAUCGCCACAACUUUGAUUGCUUUUGGCAGGCGUUGCUGACGGUUUUUCAGAUUCUAACGGGUGAGGACUGGAACGCGGUGAUGUACGAAGGCAUCAAAGCGUACGGGGGCGUCGGCUCCGUCGGCAUCGUCGCCUGCAUCUAUUUCAUCAUCCUCUUCAUCUGUGGCAACUACAUCCUACUAAACGUUUUCUUGGCCAUCGCAGUAGACAAUCUCGCAGAUGCAGAAUCGUUGACCAACAUUGAAAAGCAGGAAGCGAAUCCCGAUGAGAAAGAAGCCGGUAGUGUAAUAAUCGAUGGUGCACAUGCAGAUACUGAUGAUGAAUACAUCCAUGAUGACGAUGCGUAUACGACGGACAAUUCGGAGCAUGAAUAUGAAGAGACAGGAUCAGAAGGAGGGGAAGAAGGAAGAAUAGAAAUAGAGGGUGGAGAGGAAACAGAGAGGAUAGAAGAGGAACAAGAACGGGAAGAAGAGAUUAUUCAGAGGAAUCAUAUAGUGAACACAGAAGGCGACGAGCCGAGAUUGAAGCGAAAGCCGACAACGUCAUCGGCAAGACCAAGGAGGUUGUCAGAAGUCGACAUACACGACUCUAAGAAACCCAUUCCUGAUGCUACCUCCUUCUUCAUAUUUACCAAAACCAACAGGUUCCGUGUGUUCUGCUAUAAGCUGUCAGCAUCUUCGACCUUCGGGAACAUCAUCCUGGUUUGUAUCAUGUUCUCAUCGGCCAUGUUGGCUGCUGAAGAUCCUUUGGAUGCUCAGCAGAAAGGAUUUAGGAAUUGGCUCCUUAGUCAAUUCGACGUGUUCUUCACGGGUAUCUUCACGCUGGAGCUGUUCCUGAAGCUGGUGACGUACGGGCUCAUCCUGCACGAGGGCGCCUUCCUUCGCUCGGCCUUCAACGUGCUUGACAUGCUCGUCGUCUGCGUCUCUCUCGUCUCCAUGUGCUUUAAGUCAGGAAGUAUAUCGGUGGUGAAGAUAUUAAGAGUGUUCAGGGUGCUGAGGCCACUCAGGGCCAUCAACAGGGCCAAGGGCCUUAAGUAUGUGGUGAAAUGUGUGAUAGUAGCUAUUAAGACUAUAGGCAAUAUAAUGCUAGUUACGUAUUUGUUACAAUUUAUGUUUGCUGUCGUCGGUGUACAGCUGUUUAAGGGAAAGUUUUUUAGAUGUAAUGAUAUUUCGAAGAUGACAAAAGCAGAGUGUCAAGGAACAUACCUAGUGUUCGAAAAUCGAAAUUACGUUGUUAGAGAUAGAGAGUGGAAGAGAAAUGAUUUCCAUUUCGACAACGUCAUGAAAGGAAUGCUGACGCUUUUCACCGUCUCUACGUUUGAGGGAUGGCCUGCGUUGUUGUAUGUGUCCAUCGACUCUAACCACGAGGACCGUGGUCCCAUUACUAACUUCCGUCCAAUCGUUGCAGCCUACUAUAUUAUUUAUAUUAUUAUAAUUGCCUUCUUUAUGGUAAAUAUAUUCGUCGGUUUCGUCAUAGUUACAUUCCAAAAUGAGGGAGAGCAAGAGUAUAAAAACUGUGAACUGGACAAGAAUCAGAGGAACUGCAUAGAGUUCGCCUUGAAAGCAAAACCUAUAAGAAGGUAUAUCCCAAAGCAUCGUAUUCAAUACAAAGUGUGGUGGUUCGUGACAUCUCAGCCGUUCGAAUACGCCAUCUUCGUUCUCAUCAUGAUCAACACCAUCACACUCGCCAUGAAGUACCACAACCAGCCCGUCGAAUACAGCAAAGCUUUGGACAUGCUCAAUAUGAUUUUCACCGCUGUCUUUGCUCUUGAGUUCAUUUUCAAACUCGCUGCCUUUAGGUUUAAGAAUUAUUUUGGAGACGCGUGGAAUACAUUCGACUUUAUCAUCGUGCUAGGAAGUAUUAUAGAUAUUGUGGUAUCACAAGUAAACGAGCUCAAAAACCAGGGAAGCGGUUUAACAAAAGCCCACAUAAAGGAAACCUCAAUACCCUCGAUCAACUUCUUCCGUUUAUUCCGAGUGAUGAGGCUCGUGAAGCUGCUGUCCAGAGGAGAGGGGAUCAGGACUCUUCUCUGGACGUUUAUAAAGUCUUUCCAAGCGUUGCCGUACGUUGCCUUGCUGAUUCUGAUGCUGUUCUUCAUUUAUGCUGUUGUGGGGAUGCAGGUGUUUGGGAAAAUAGCCAUAGAUGACGAAACACCGAUCACCAGAAACAACCACUUCCAGACAUUCCCUCAAGCCAUUUUAGUAUUAUUUCGUUCAGCCACAGGGGAAGCGUGGCAGGACAUCAUGAUGGGUGUAUCCCCGGAACCAGAAGUGCAGUGCGACGACAACUACGAGGAGGAACCGGGGGAGAACGUCAACUCCUGCGGCUCUGUCCUCGCCUUCCCGUACUUCAUCUCUUUCUACGUUCUGUGCUCUUUUUUGAUUAUAAAUUUAUUUGUAGCUGUCAUUAUGGACAACUUUGACUAUUUGACCAGAGACUGGUCAAUAUUGGGACCACACCACUUAGAUGAAUUUAUAAGGUUAUGGAGUGAAUAUGAUCCGGACGCGAAGGGCCGGAUAAAACAUUUAGAUGUAGUUACAUUGUUAAGAAAGAUUAGCCCACCUCUAGGGUUUGGCAAGCUGUGUCCACACCGCGUGGCCUGCAAGAGACUGGUCUCGAUGAACAUGCCGCUCAACUCGGACGGGACUGUCCUGUUUAACGCCACGCUCUUCGCCGUCGUUCGGACUUCGCUCAAGAUCAAAACUGAGGGAAGACGCAAUCAAAAUGUUGCCCCGUCAACUCCCAGCAACAUAGACGACUGCAACACAGAACUUAGAGCGGUAAUCAAGAAGAUUUGGAAGAGGACGUCGCCCAAACUUCUGGACCAGGUGGUACCUCCACCUGGGGACCCGAACGAAAUCACCGUCGGCAAGUUCUAUGCCACAUUCCUGAUUCAGGACUACUUUAGAAGGUUCAAAAAGCGGAAGGAGCAAGAAUUAAGGCAAAACGAUGAAGCGUGUCACCAGAUGACUCUACAGGCGGGUUUGAGGACUCUUCACGAGGCAGGACCUGAGCUGAAAAGGGCUAUAUCAGGGAAUCUCGACGACAUUACUACAGAAUGUGAUGUGCCUAUGCAUAGGAGAAACCACUCCUUGUUUGGAGGCGUGUGGUCGAGCAUACGAAGACACGGACCCAACAGACACGUCAGACACGGGAAACCGGGAGAACCUCCGAUGGGAGAAGGAGUGGGUAACCAUCUCAGUUCGAUGAUGCAGCGAGAAUAUGGAGUAGGAACUUUACCUCUAGCACCAACAGUGCCGAAUGGACAACCAAAGGAGCAAAUACCACUUAGACCUUUAAUAUUCAAUGGAGAGUCAGAGAAGAUAUAUCAAGUUCUAGAGGAGAAGUUACCGAUGCCGAGAAAAGCGUCACCGGAAGAUAAAACGCCAUCGCCGAGCGCGUUCGAAGCGAUACAGCCGAAGAUAUCUCCGCACCUCGCUAGCGAGUGCACACCGACGACCGAGUCGAAAACGAUGACCUUGUACGGCUACAAUGCAGCGGCGAAGCUUCCUUUCGCGUUCUCGCACGCGAAAGCCGUGUGCCGUGGAGGGGAGAGGAGAAGUCUGCGAGCUAUCAAGCCGGUGGUGACAGGAGGCGAUAGCUCGGGCCGCGGCGUGGUGUCACUGCCGGGCAGUCCGCGUGGCAUCAACUCCUCUGUACCCGUCGUUGGUUCAGCUGAGAGUCUGGUUACUAGGGUGUUAGCUGAACAAGGUCUGGCGGCUUACUGCGACGCGGAGUUCGUAAGGAACACCUCUCGGGAGAUGCAGGAGGCACUCGAGAUGACGCAGGAGCAGAUGGACAGGGCGGCACAUCAACUUAUGAUUCAAGAGAGGAAUAUAAAACAAGCCCAAAACCAGCCUCAAGUUGCUAACAUUUGGGCUGUUACAGGGCGAUACGCUAGCUCGCCACCCUUACCAGCCCCCGACCAUGCCCCCACCCUUCAAGCCGUUAUAGCAGAGAGUGGCCGCGCCUCUCAAGAUGGCGGACACGAUCAAAAUGGCGGCCAAGAUGGCGGCGCGCCGAAUGGCAGCAAUGGCGCGAAACACCACAGACAACACAAGAGGAAGAGAAAAAGAAAACCAGUAUUGGUAUAGUCUAUUGAAAUAUGUUUGAGGUGUGCUCAAAUAUUUUUUUAUUUGUUGCUUAGGGUUAGUAGAUGAUUUUUACCGCCGAUUUAUCAUCGCAAUAGUUAGGAUGGGACAGUAAUAUAGAAAUCUGCUUUCAAUAAAUACUUGUCAGUGUCUACCAAAUUGUACCGACAAAUCUACUAAGUACGUUUGUAAAUCCCUAAUUGAAUUACCUACUUUCACGUGAAAUGUCAAUGCAAAACAUUAUUACUUGUCAAUUGUUCUUUGUUUAUUAAAACUUCUGAAAAAACAAAGCGCUUGAUAGUUCAGGACGGCGAUCUAAAGCUUAGAUAAAUUUUGUUCAGGUCAAAGAGCAGUAAACAUGAGUGAUAUCAUACAAGUCACGUUCCCGGUCACUCCUAGAUGGCGCCACGUGACGUAAAUUUUGUAUGGCUAUAGACCUCCGGUUACCAUCGUAUAUUAUCUAGUGUUCUCUCCAAGAGAUAAAUAGAUGGCGUUGUAACCAAAUCUGAGGUCAAAGUGCCUUACGAAACAUGUAACUUGAGAUCUUGCUAAUUUAUCAUUUACAAGAAAAGCUAUGUAUUCUGUUCUUCUUCUCUUCAAUAUUUUAUUUAUUGCUGUUAAAAUCGUCGAUUAGCAUCUCUUCUUAGAUGCCUAAAUUUGUUGGUAUUAGGAAAAUAAUGGUCUUCUGUGCAUUGAGCAUAGAAGACGUUCUAUUUUAUUAACUUCUGUGUACAGCAGAUGAAAAAGUGAGAUUAGUAGAUCGAAUGUAUCUGGUAAAAUUUAGACGUUGUAAUGUUUAGAAAGGGCCAAAUAAUAUCAACUUCAGGAGUGGUUCGUAAUUUGAAAUACUUGUAACAUAUUUAUUGUAUGUAAAGAAUAAACUCAUCUUUAUCAUUCAGCGUUAGCAAAAACGGACCUCAAAAUGUAUGGUAAGACGAUUAGAUACCAAUUUAUAAUCAUUGUCUAUGGCGCUUAUGCCCCGCGGUGUCGUAUUUGUAUACGAACAUCGCUCAUAACGCCGUAAGCGCCAUCGACAAUAAGGUCUCUUUACCCAGAUAACGUCACAUUUAGAGGUCCAAAGG